AUGUUCUAUUCAAAACUUCGACAUGCUCCUAGUAAUAGUAUCAUCGAUAUAUCUAAUCAUUUCCAUACAAAGAAGUUUUUAUCUAAAUCUAAUCAAAAUCAAAAUCGAGCACGAUCUCAAACACGAGUAUCGUCUUAUUUAUCUCAUCAUCACUUAUGUUCUUCGUAUAGUGAUGAUAGUCUUGAUAAAGAAUUUAUUGAAAAUACAAAACAAACUGUUGAUAAACUUUUUCAACAAACAAAUUUUAAUAAAAUACUUGAUCAAAUUCAAUGUACAUUGCAUCCAGUAAUUGAACAAUUUCGUCAACAAAUUCAACGAAAAAAUUAUUUAUCAAAACAAGAUCGAUUUAAAUGCAUGAAAUCUUGUGCAAAAUUUAUUAUUGAAACAUUACGCAAUGAACAAUGCGAGUUUGAUUCUCAAAUCACUGAACUCUAUCAUUUACAACAAGUACUCGGUCAUUUCCUGACAAAUCCACGUACUAACAAAUCAGUACAGACUAAUGAACAAUUAGAAACAGAUAUGAUGCAUUUACAAAUUGAUAAUAAAAAAAAACUAUCGAAAAUCUCUGUUCUAUCAUCCGAUGAACGUUCUAAUCUUCCAAAGCAAUCUAUAGAUAAUUUAACUCGUCAAAAACUUUCUCAUAAAUCAGUUUCUAAUGUAUUUAAAAAACUGAAUGAUGAUCUUCAAAAAUUAAAUCAUGAAACACCAUUUCAAUCUCAUUUAUCUAAAUAUCAUAAACAUCAUCAUAAAUAA